UUUUUUUCUCGACUUUACUGUUCUAUAAAAUAUAACAAUUUCCCCUAAUGGCCAAUUCUCAAUCUUCCUCUCUUCUUCUUUCUUCUCCCCAAAUCUUUCCUUCCUCUCGAAAUCCAGGCUCCUUUCUUCAGACCCGGAGUAAUGGGCGUGGGAAUAUCAGUCUUGAUGGGAUUGAAAUCAGCAGUACUUUUCCUCUUCUUCGUAUCCAUGAGAAGUCUCGGCUUUGCGUUGUUGUCUAUGCCGUUCUUGUAUUCUUCAAUGAUAGCUGCCUUAGUUUCUGUAGCUUCUCACCCGUCAGUCGAUCUGCCAAUCCUUCUGGGUAAAAGCACGGAUGGUAGUUUUCCAAUUUGGGCCGCCAUCAUGUUCAGCCCCUACUUAUACUUGGUCAGAUUGUUUUCGCUGUUGCGUCGAUCAGCCAGCGGCGAGGAUCCUUACAGUGAGGUUUCUGAGGGUGUUUAUGUUGGUGGGUGGCCUUAUGCUGCUGACAAAUUGCCGCCGGGCAAUCCGGCGAUUAUCGAUUGCACUUGCGAGUUCCCGAGAAGACCGGAGUUCAAAGGACACUCUUAUCUGUGUAUUCCGACUUGGGACACGAGGGCGCCUCAGCCCGUGGAUAUUGAGUCGGCUGUGAAGUGGGCGGUCCGGAAGAGGGCUCAGAAUCGGCCUGUGUUCAUCCACUGCGCAUAUGGUCAUGGAAGAAGUGUUGCUGUCAUGUGUGCGCUGUUGGUGGCGCUAGGAGUGGUGGAAGACUGGAAAAGGGCCGAGAAGUUGAUUGCUGAGAAGAGACCGUAUAUCAGGAUGAAUUCCCUGCAACGGAAAUCCUUGGAAGAAUGGUCGAAAGAUAGGUUGUCUUCAGUGGUGAAUGUGGGUUCAAUGAAACAACCAAAUGUCUACUAGAAAGAUAAUCUACCAAAAUGUUUACUCUACUGUGAUGCAUCGGAUACGGACCAUAUGGUAGAUGCUGCUGAAUGGGACGGGACGUCUCUUAUUGUUUUUACUAUGUUCAUCUGUUCUGGCUGCCAAGGGAGCAUAUGUAUAAAAUUUAGCGCUAAACUAUCAAAAACUGUCAUUUAUUUUCUAAAAUAUUUAAUAUGACAAAAAUGUCCCAAAGUAAGAGAUUUUAGGUAAUUUGUAUCCCAAAUGUUUGGUUGACUGUUAAAUUUAAUAGU